AUGUUGAAGAGACCUCUUUCCCCAGCUCUUCUACCUCCACCCAAACGCAGCCAUACCAACUCGUCGGCUUACGAUCACAACCCCGUCUACAAUUUUGACAGCGUUUUCUACGAUGAGCUGAUACUCCACAUAUUCUUGUACCUCUCGUGGACAGACCUCUGUUCUAUUCAAGGAGUAAAUAGAAACUGGGCUCGUCUGUCUCUUGACAAUCAGCUUUGGAAGAAUCUAUAUCUGAGUGAGUAUGGACGACACAGGUUGAGGGGAAGGAAGGGAUUUGUGGGGCGUAAUAAUGGGAGACAAAUCAAGCCCCUUCCCAGCAGAGCCUCAACAGAGGAUAUCACAGAUUGGAAGUGGAUGUUCCGCAUAAGCACUAAUUGGAGAAUAGGCCGAUGCCAUAUAUCUCACAUCGACAUGUCCCCAUUGCAGACAGAAUCGUCUACAGAUUCCAGAGGGCGGGUUCUGGAAGCUGCAGAGCAUACGCACAUCGUCUUGACAGGGACGUUCACAGUUCUCGCCUCAUCUCGUCCUUCCUUUUCCCCUCCCAUCAAAUUCAUCCCGCAUAUCGGUCAGGACCUCACCAUUCCCAUCGAGCGACCUGGUAAACAACAAAUCGUACAAAUUACUACUCUAGUCGUCGACCAGUCCUCCCCUGUCUCUGGAGUCACUCGUCUUGCGGUAUGCCUUUCUAAUGGCGAGUUCGGUGUGUAUGAAGCAAACUCUUCCAACUUGCACGCAUCUUCAUCAGUAUGCAAACACACCUACGCUCCGCCUGCAAGGUCGUCGAGAACGGUACCCAUAGUUCAAGCGGCAUACCACCAUCCACUCUUCGUGACGUUGUCCGAGUCUUUCCAUUUGUCCAUCUACGAUCUCUCGAGUGGGUCAGUCAAACUGCUCUACACUCUCAGCUCAUUCACAUCGUUUCCUCCUUCAUCGCUCGUGCUAUCGAUGCCGGAACCGUUGACAUACAAACUUGUGCUUACUUACGCCACCCCUGUGUAUCCUGCCCACUGGAGCGUCGGCGCCACGGAGCUUGUCAUGUCAGGUGCACCCUCAGACCCGUUCAUGCUCACUCACUCAUCAUCCCCGUCAUCCACAAGUCUACCAUCUCCCGCCCCACUGCCGUUACGACUUGUUUCCUCUCGGAGUGCUCGCUCUUUCGACGUCUCCGCAGGAUGGAUAGACGAGACUAAGCUACGCCUCAUGCGCGAGCAAUGGGGCCGCAAAGUCGCGCGUGUCGCAGGUACCCAGACGGACGGCAAGUGGGUCAUUCUGGCACCUGCAAGCGCUGUCCCUCCUCUUCCUCCUGCACCCGCAUCCGUGGCUAUCGGCGCUCACACACUCUCGAGCCAUCCGCUCCAACUGUACCGGCUCUACCUCCCUUCUCUCCACGCACCCCCUUCAGCGGGCCCUAAGCUUACCUUUGUGCGCAACCUGUAUGGACAAAUUGGCCCCGUCGCCGCACUCGCGGUCGCCGACGGCCGGUGCGUCAGUCUAAGUGUUAACGGGAGCGUCUGGGUGUGGGAUCUGGAGAACGGGACAGGCACGGAGGUCGCUGCGGUACAGGACUAUGCUUCAGUCGAGGAAGACGGUGAGAAUGAGGCGGACAGGUCUGAGGGCGUGAUAGCGAAGGGGACUGUCGCAUUCGAUGAUAGGAGGAUUGUCAGCGCCGGUAUCGGAGCUGUCGAAUUGCGACGUUUUGAUAUCUAA